AUGUACGUGAGAGUUGACGACAACAAGUGUCGCUUCUGCAGUGUUGUUCCUGACCCUGAGGGAUUAGCAGAACACAAUAACUUGGAGCGACCUUCGUCAGAUCCUUCCGACCCAAGUGAGAACAUCCUGGCCCAGGACAAGGCGUUGUACCGGGGCCAUGCCGUGGCCGCCGUGGCCGCCGUGAAUCCCCAUGUGGCUGAAAUCGCCAUUGGUCUGAUUGAGGUAGAGUACGAAGUCCUUUCCCCUGUAAUCAAUGUUACCCAGGCUAUGAAGGACGACGCGCCUUUGGUGAUUGAAGACCUGACCACUACUGAACUUGGUGAACGGACUGACAAGCGCAGUAAUAUUGCAUCGCAUUUCCGGUACGAGAUGGGAGACCUGGAAAAGGGCUUUGCCGAAGCCGAUGUUGUCGUUGAGAGAGCUUUCCAGACCAGCACGGUGCAUCAGGGUUACAUUGAGCCGCAGAACGCAGCCGCUCUUUGGAAUGCCGACGGCAAGCUAACCGUUUGGACCAGCACCCAAGGUGCUUUUGCGGUGCGGGACUCCCUGGCCCAGAUACUUGACCUGCCCGUUUCGCAGAUAAGAUGCCAGUCUGAGCUAAUCAGGGCCCUUGAUACAUUUGCGGGAAGAGGGUGUGUGGCAUCAGACAGAUUCUACUGGCAGUUGAAAGCCUACAUUACGAGCGCGUUCCAAUUAACUGUCUUCAAAGCAAGAAUAAGAGCUACAAGGAGGAGACCAAUGGCCCGAGUCCCUUUUGCCACUAGAGAAAACAUGGAUGCCGCCGGGCAAGCGGUAUGGGAUGAUAUUACGAGCAGCCGUGGCGGGGUGCAAAGGAACUAUGCUGCCCUGCUGAACAACGCCCAGGCGGCCGGCGCAUUUGCCGGUCUGGGUGGCUACGUCAGGUUUGAGACAGACCUGAAUCCGAGAGUCAAGGCUUUGGCCAUCUUGACCGCCGCGCGCCAAGCCGGCGGCCAUUAUGUCUGGACCGUCAAUCAACGGGGCGCUAAAGAAGCGAAUCUGGGCGACGACGUUAUCGCCGCGAUACGGGAAUUCAGGGCGCCUGUGGGGCUGGAACCCAGUGACGCCGCCGUGGUCCAGUUUGUCCUGGAGUUGCUGCGCCAGCAUCGGAUUUCGGAUGACACCUUCGAAGGUCUCCGCUCCCAGGUUGGCGACGCUGGCAUAAUUGACGUGCUCAUCAUAGUUGCCUACUACCAUGGCCUGGCUCACAGCCUGCAGGCGCUGGAAGUUGAACUCCCUGAUGGUGUGGAGUCGGACUUAACCUACUAG